UCGCUCCCUGCUCUGCUCCUGGCCAGACUGGCACCGAUGGCUCCCAGCGCCCGUGUGGAGUAUCUGAGCAGAGGCCGGUGUCAGGGUCCACUGACAGCCAAAGAGAAAUGCAGACUGAUGAAGCCGAUGGUGGAGAAGAGGCGACGGGAUCGCAUCAACCAGAGCAUCGCCCAACUGAAGCAGUUACUGGGGACACAGUUACAGAAUGAGCGAGCAAACUGCAAACUGGAGAAGGCGGUCAUCCUGGAGAGCACACUCAGCUACCUGCAACACAACCCCGAGCUCGCAGCUGAUUGCCAGACGCCAAACCCUCUGCAGGACUAUAAGGCCGGCUACUCUCGCUGUCUACAGAAGACGCUGCACUUUCUGUCGUUGCCAGAGACCAGGACACCAGGCGUUCGCAACUUACUGCAGGCAUUACAGGGAGCGGGAGAGGAGCCACAUUACUGCACUGUUUGCCCUCCGCACAGCAAGUCCUGUCAGGACUCUGUCACGCACAGCUCCCAGCCCAGCGUCCGUGCUCUCUGGAGACCCUGGCAGAGCUGAACAGACCUCUCUCUCUCUCUCCCCUCAUACCUCAACCACCAUUCCCUCGCUAGAGAGUGGUUGCAUGCUGUGCUGUAGGAGAGAUGUGCUCUCCGUAAAUGUAAAUGUCCUGACUUUUCUUUUGUAAAAUACCUGGACAAUUUGUGGAUGUCAAACCUUCAUAAUGAAGGAAAUUGAUUUUCUUUUGUGGUAAUUACAAAUUGAUGAACUGUCAUAUUGACAGCUUGGGUUAUACAGAAGGUUCGAAUGUAUUUUUGUAAUGUUAACUGAUGACAGUUUAUGAAGGUGUUUGCUCCCUGGUUUGUAGUGUUGCGGGACUGAAGUCACAACCUGCUCCCUGGUCACAUUUAUAAUUUGUAUUUUUUAAAUUAAA